GGCCUGGGCGGCGGCGGCGGCGACGCCAGGGAGGAGGUGGAGGAAGAGCUGCUGGAGGUCGCCGGAGCAGCGGCGGCGAGGCGAGCCAGCAGCGCCGGUCCUGAAGCCAGAAAGUUGGAUAUCACUUUUUGCUGUGCUUUUUGUUCCCAAUUUACCACUAGGUUCUCAUGAAGAACUGUUAUUGAAGAGAGGUCCAUUUGGUGGAAUGUAAUUUAAUAAAGAAUGAAUCGAGAUAAAACUUCUAAAUGCAAGAACCAGAAAAAGCACAACAUAUCUUGGUAAAUUUGCAGUUGGAUUAUCUUUCCUUGUGUGUUUGCCAGCAGUUAUAGGACUGUAAAAAUGGGUCUCCGGAUUCACUUUGUGGUUGACCCACAUGGUUGGUGCUGCAUGGGUUUGAUUGUCUUUGUCUGGUUAUACAAUAUUAUUUUAAUUCCCAAAAUUGUCCUCUUUCCACACUAUGAAGAAGGACAUAUUCCUGGCAUACUAAUAAUAAUAUUCUAUGGCAUUGCCAUAUUUUGUCUGGUUGCGUUAGUGAGGGCCUCAAUAACUGAUCCAGGAAGACUCCCUGAGAACCCUAAGAUCCCACAUGGAGAAAGGGAGUUCUGGGAAUUAUGUAAUAAGUGUAAUUUGAUGAGACCAAAGCGUUCCCAUCACUGCAGCCGCUGUGGCCACUGUGUAAGGAGAAUGGAUCAUCACUGUCCAUGGAUUAACAAUUGUGUUGGUGAAGAUAAUCAUUGGCUUUUUCUGCAGUUGUGUUUCUACACUGAACUUCUUACUUGCUACGCACUGAUGUUUUCUUUCUGCCAUUAUUAUUAUUUUCUUCCACUAAAAAAGCAUAAUUUGGAUCUCUUUGUUUUUCGACAUGAAUUGGCCAUCAUGAGGCUUGCUGCCUUUAUGGGUAUCACCAUGUUAGUUGGAAUAACUGGACUCUUUUAUACACAACUAAUUGGCAUCAUCACUGAUACAACAUCUAUUGAAAAGAUGUCAAAUUGUUGUGAAGAAAUAUCGAGGCCCCGAAAGCCAUGGCAGCAGACCUUCUCAGAAGUUUUUGGCACUCGUUGGAAGAUCCUGUGGUUCAUUCCUUUCAGGCAGAGGCAACCACUGCGAGUUCCCUACCACUUUGCCAAUCAUGUCUAAACAGAUGGAUGGUGGGCACAGAUGGGUCCUCCAUGCUGGAAAUGCGUUACAGGUUUUAUGAUAAUAGAACUAUGACAGUCUUCAAGUCAAUUAAAAUCCACCCACCAAUCUUAGGCAUCAUAAUGUGCCCCAGGCUUUAUUUUAAUAGUGAUCUUGAUCCUGUUGUGGGACUAAUCCAAGAUCUAUAUUUAAGUUUUAAAGCAUGUUUACUUUCAAAUUAGCUUUCCACAGGGAUUUCUUUAAAUGCUUUUGUUAUUGAACUCAAAGGCAGUGAUUGGAGAAAUAAUUGUACAUAAAUUUCUUUUAGUACUGACAGUGUUACAGAUUUUAAUUUGUGGGAAAUUUCAGAUUAUUUAAACUUUCACUUUUAAGCAGUGCUAACCAAAUCUGAAUUUAAUUCUUCAGGUUUUACAAAACUUGUUAUACCUUCUUAUAUGUAAAUUUUUUUCAAAUAUAGAUUAAAAUGCUUACUACUUUUUUAUAUGUGCUGCAAGAUUUUUUAAAUGCAGUUUAAGAAUGAACAGUAACAAAGGGCAGUGUUUUCUUAGCAGCGGCUUUCUAAUGUUUCCUCCUCUCUUCACCAAACCAAAAUAGAAAUACCACUGAAGGAAAAUACCAACUACCUAUCUUACUAUAAAGAAAAGAUUAAUUUUUUUCCACAUCAGUUUUUCCCUUAACUGUUGAAAUAGUGAUUGCUAUUAGAAUAUUUUCUCCCAGGAGAAACUUGUGACCAGUCAUUGUAUAUUCUUGUUUUACCCCAAGAAUUUAAUGAACAAAUAUGGUAGAAAAUCUGCAAUAAUUUCAGUUAUUUUUUCUAGUGUGGUAUGUUAGAAUGCAUACAUUUUAAAAAUGCUAUAUAACUAGAUAAUAUAUAAUGUACAGUAUAAAAAGGAAUAUUGUGCUUUUAAAUAAAUAUAUACUUUUUACUUGUAUUUAUCUACUAGUAGAUGUAAAAUUACACAUUGAAGGUUUAGGUAGAUAGAUAUUGGGCAACUCGUAUUGAAAUUUUAUUUACUAAUAACUAGUCAGUAUCUCAUUAUUAGCAGGUUACUAGUAAAGGUGACUAACUUUUAUGUAUCAGUAGUCACCUAAAUUGAAGUUAAAUUUCUGCUGGCUGAAUAUAAGUUGUGUUGCUCUAGAGAUCUUUUUUUAGCUAAUGUUAAAAAUGUUUGUAGCUAAUGUUAGGAAAUGAUUGUACAAUAAUGAAGUAAUAGUAAUGAUCUAUAUUUAUCAUUAGUCUUAUACAAAUUUAAAUUGCUAGUCGUAAUCAUCUCUUGGAAAGCAGAGAACAUUGGUGUGAGGAAAUAUUUAGAAUGCUUUCAAAAAUUCAGCUUUUAGUUUUUUCAUUAGAAUACUGCAAAAUCCAUACAUUUAAAAACAUUAUGUACUUACAGUUUUUCCUUAAGAGAAGAUUAGAAGAGUCUGCUAUUCUUGGACUAUAUUAAUAAUUUUCUUCUAAUUUUGAAAGUAAGGUAUCAUACUGGGAAAAAAUGAAGCAGAAUGUUACCGGUGUUAGCCAAUGGGCUAUGGCUGAUUAUCCAAAAAUUGUAAAUACCUUCUAAAAUAUUCUGAAAUAGUAGAAUAAGCUCUUUUAGAGAUAUAAUAUUGUGUUUUUCAUGUUUUAAUUGUUUUGUUACUUAAAAAGUUAGAAAUGGCAGAUGAAAGUAUUGGUGCUGAUGAAAUGUAUAUAGUAAAUUUAAUGUAAAAAUAUAAAGAUUAAUGAAACAAAAUUAAUAUUAGACACUUUGGUUGGAUCUUGUAAAAGCUAAUUAGCCAAAUUUGGAGGCAACACAACUAGUACAAAGAAGUAAAUUGUAGGGCCGGAGAUUUAGCUCAGUGACAUAAGCGCCUGCCUGGCAAGUGCAAGGUUGUAAGAUUGAUCCCUGGCACCAAAAACAAAAAACAAAACAAGAAGUAAAUUGUACAUAAUACAGGUAGAUGUCAGUUGAAUGCCUUAUGUUGCAUACAUUCUCUUCACAUGAGGACCUUGGGUAAACAGCUGAGCCAAGCAAAGGCCUUAAAGAACCUGUUCUCGUGGUGGCAGCAGCUAGGGUGAAGUGAUGGAGGAAGUCUUUCCUGUUCUAAGGGUAUGUGCUUUUGGUGUUGUUGGACUUACCACUUCUGAGGCAUAUUCUUUUCCCAUCUUCCUCUUUACAUUCCCUGGUCCUGUUCUGUCUGCAUCCAGUUCUUCUAAGCUAUGGAACUAAAAACUAAGGCACUAGAUAAGCAUAAGCUAAUUUCCUUUGAAUGGCAGAAAUGCUGCUUAUCACUAUAUUUACAUAAAAAUUUGUAUUAAUGUACAUCUACGUAGACUUACGCUAUAACUUCCCUUGUUCUCAGGUUAGCACCCCUAACCCUACUGUGGGAUUUAUAUUUCUAAUUCUUAUUAGACUACUAGAGAGAAGCCAAUUGGCAGUUUCCUGAGGAUUACAUAAACUCUAGUGUUCUUUCUGCGCCCUCUUUUGGCUAAUUGAUGUAAUUGUGUUGACUCUAGAGAUUUCCAGUCCCAAAAGUAAAUUUUACACACAAAUUUCGAACAUGUCAGAGGUAUAUACUUGGAAAAGUAUAUGUAUACACAGUAAAAUUUUAUGAAAAUGAGUGUUACUAUUUAUGAUGUUAUUUUUAAUCUAUAAGAAUGUGUUGGCUGCUUCAUUUAUGUACAUUUUUUACUAUCAGUACAAUUUUGUAUCUCAUCAGAAUAAACAAGGCAUCUUGUAUUUUAUGUUAAACCUUAUUUUGGCAAAUUAACUCCUUAGAAUUAGAAAUGCUCUUUAAAAUUUGUAGUUUAUUACAAAACACAGAAAUUUAUUACAGUUAUAUGGCAACCAUAUAAGUAGUGUGUUUAACUGAGUAUAUAAAAAUAUAUUUAAGUUUUUUCUGUCUUAAUUUUGGAAUGAAUUUUUUCACUGGCUCUACUAUCUUAUAUCUAUAAUAAGAGAUUAGUACUCUUUCUGUGCUUUUUUUUUAACUUUCCCAGCAUUGUCUGUAUACCUUCAGUAGCCAGUUUAAUAUGUACCCUGCAUAUUCAUGAAAAUAACCAAAAUAAUGUUCAGCAUUAGAAAAUAAAUAUGAGCAGUGACAUCACUGAUAUAGUCUCAUGUUGACUAAAGUGUAUCUUUAUAAAUUUUCCAUUUAAUUUUUGCAAAGAUGCUUUUACAUUAGCAAAGUGCUUUAUUGACUUUUGGAGAUGAAAGAUUUUUACAAGGAUACAGUUGCACCUCUUGAACAAUCAUAUUUGUUGCUUUCUAUAAACAGAGAUGUUUUAAGGCUCACUGUAGAUUGAAGAUCAUUGUCAAAAGUAGUCUGACUUCAGAAUCCCCAAGCAGUGAAAAUUCAGUUAAAGAAUUUUUGGUAUGUGGUAACCGAGACUUAAAAGUUUAAAAAUAUUAACCUGAUGUUUCACUAUAAUAAAAAUAUCAUACUAUUCUGCUUAAGAGUUGUAAUAAAAAUAUUUGUGGUUAAUAUAAAGAUAGUUAUUUAAAAUUGCAACUAACUUAUUAAUCUCUUUUUCAGAAGAAAACAUAAUUUUUUUUUUGUCUUUUUCAUUUUUAUCAGUACCAGGGAUCGAACUCACGACUGCCUGCUCGCAAGGCAGACGCUUAUGCCGCUGAGCUAAAUCCCCAGCCCCUAAGAAAACAUAAUUUUAAUGACUUUGGGUAUAGUUCAGUGCAAGAGCAUAGACAAGGCCCUAGGCUCAAUCCUUAGCAACCCCCCCCCCAAAAAAAAACCAACACACCAAAUAGAGGGCAUAAGGCUACAUGAGCUAAACCUGUCAGAAUUAGUCAGUGUAUUUUUACUAAUGCAUAGAAGUCUCCUUUUGCCUAAGGAUGGUGGCUAAUUCUACCUAUUGUUUUUUUUAACUUCCAAGUCACCUCCACACAAGUAAUUAGAGAUAUGUUUUGUUCAAAAGUUAUAUUAAUUCUGAAUAAGAAUCACAAAGACUUAGGACACACUCUGAAGCUGGAAGUGUGUACUAAUUUAGAUUAUGGUCGCACAAUUUUCUGUGUGUUCUAUUAUGAGACAUUUCCAGUUAUUCUCAUGCACAUUGCUGUAAAAUCACAGUGUGUCUAGUUGUGGCUUAAUGUGAUACUAAUAUUCAUUAAUAGAGAUGCAAGUUUUUCUCUGGACUUUUGCUAGUCUCCUACUACUUAUGCUUCAUGCAUCACUAGAUUACAUAGUAGCUCAGGUUUACUAUAGUUACUGAAUAACGUUUUUUACAUGACCUCUAAUAAUAUACAUAAAUAUGUCUGGGAUUUAUUUGGUCAAGUUAACACAAACAUAAAGUAGUUUACUGACAGAUGUAAGUAUUAGACUUUCAGCAGUCCUACUAUUGUUGCUUUAAAAAAUAUAAAUAUUGGCAAAUGUAGUUAGUAAGUCAUAUAUAUUUAAUAUGUUCUACUCGGUAGUAUUAUUGACCAUGUAAUUAAGAAAUGAGUAACGUCCACAUUUUUUGCCUUCUAUAUUAGGAACUGUCUUCUGAAUUUUAUCUAUAAAUCAAAAUUUUAAGUAUGCUCUGUAUUUAGCUAUUCUCAUUUGAAUUUUGCAAUAUUCUACAGUAGAAUGUGAGCAAGUGUUAGUAAUUGAAGUAUUUUGAAUACAUGUUAUUUACUAGUUAGUAUCAAUAUUUAGUAGUCUGCUUUGGAGAUGAUGGUUUAACUUCUGGAGAAUGAAUUCUCUGACUUCUUUCAUUAUAAUUUCAUUUUUUAGUAACAAAAUUUACUACUUUUUUCUGCUAUUCAGAUGUUGUAAUACUGCUAGUAUUCAUUUGAAACACAAAUAACAAUCACUUUAAUAUCCUUAAGUCACUGACAUUACUGUUACUUUUCAUUAUCAUAAUUUUUACUAUAUCAUAUCCUUCUCCCCUUGUCAUCAUAGAGGACAUAUACCAAUGAGUAGUAAAUAGCCAAAAAAUUGUAUGAAGGAAAUAAGGCAACUUAAUAUGCUGGAGAGAAGGCUAGAUAAAGGAUGAAUAAUCAGCAUUGCAUUAAUGGGGUCAAUUGAAGAUAGUUCCUGUUACAUCAGAGAAUCUCUUUGCUUUUAUCAUUUUAACCUUAUCUCUUGUUACCAUUUUAUUCUAAGAGUUGUUAUGCAAUAAGCAUUUAGUUUGUGUUACUUAAUCAAGGAGUUUACUUUGCUCUUUCUCUUUAACUGGUUAAAUACCUUGACAAGUUAUUUUUAAUUUUAAAUAAGUAACUGUAGAACAUAUGUUUCCUACAGUAUUAAAAGUGUAGAAAAUGCACCUAUUUAAUGCAGAGGAGAAAUGAAUAGAUCACCCAAAGUUUGAAAGAACUGAGACCUUUUCUGUAGGUCUCUUUUGGCAAAGAAAUGAUUCUUAACGUUACAGAAAAUUCUGUGACCAGAAGAAACAUCAACAAUUUAAAUAUAAAAAGUUAUUUUCAUCUUAAUAUUUGGGGUCUUUUAGAGUUGAUACCUGGAAGGGUCUUUUUGUUACUAUGUUGAAUUUCCUGUAGUGUAGUGAUAUACUGAAACAAUGUAGUGCUUACCACAGUUUUUCAGCACUUUGAUCCUUUUUGAUAUUGAUAGCUUUAUAUUGCAUAAACAAUGAUAUGGACAAAACAGCAAGGAAAGGUGUGUUUCUUUUUGUGACUUUGCUCACCAAUUUGACUUAAUACAGGGUUGGUUUGUAGGCUCUUAAAGGGAAAGCUUGUCUGCAUUUUGCAAGCUCUGUGUUCUUACCAGUAUGCAUUAGUAAUACUUUAACCUACUGGUGCCUGAAGUUAGUGUUUUACAUCCUCAACAACUAAAACAUCCUGGUGCUAUUCAUUGUAGCAUUGAGUGACAUUUUUAAUUCCUGUACCAAAGAGUUAACUUCCUUUUUGGUAGACUGAAAGUUUUCUGUCUCACAUCUUCGUGUUUGUAAAGUAGAAAUGAAUGGUAUUAAGAACAAUUUUUAACAGAUCUUUUUUUGCAACUUCUGCCUCAAUUUAAUUUAUUUUAAAUGUGUCUCAUUUAGGAACUCCUACCCUCCCUCUCCAGUUAGGCAGAUUGGUAAGAAUUUUAAUUUUAUAUUUUAAUACAGCUGGGCUACUUUAAAAGGUAGUUUAAUAGGUGUAGUACUAUAGAUAAUUGAAGCAGUUUUGUAAGUUAUUUUUUUGCUUUUAUUCCUGCAACAUUGAGUAAAAAGCAAUACUUUACUCUUUUAUUUCUAUAAAUGAAUUAUACAGCAUUUGGUUACUUUAAUAAUACUGAAAUAAAAUGCUAAAAUGAUGGGUUAAUAAUGGGUCCAUUUUUUUAAAAAAAAUAAAGAAUUUAACAUCUCUUUAUGUGUAUUAUUAUCCUUAGUGGCAUUAAACAAUGAUAUUGCUACAUUGUCCACUUUUCCAAUAAAGAUAAAGAACACUUCAAAAAAUGUUCCCAGUACAAAAUAUAAAUGUACCUUGAUUUAAGCAAAACUAUUGGUGAACCUUACCAAAUAAAUAAGUAAAUAAAUAUCCUGGGUAUUUUAAUUCACUUCACAUGGAAAUUCAGAGUAAGAUUAUUUUGAAAACUAAUUUUACCCAAUGAUUCAUUUUCUAAAAGUGGAGAAAAAUACUCAAAUGUAAUUGUCCAAAUAUAAUACUGCUAUGUUUACUAUACUGGUUUCCUAUUUCUCCUAAACUUUAAAAACACUAUCAUUUAGUGUCCUUAAAACUGAAAUUGACAUGGUUAAUCAGUCAGGCAAGAUGGUAGCAAGGUACAUAUAUUCAAAAAGAAGACAAUCACAUUCUGAAAUGUUUACAUUAUUUUUGACCAUCUAAAAUCAAUUUUUCCUUGAUGCCAAUACAGUGCAGUAUAUGGUUUUGCAGUGAAUUCUGAAUGGAAAAAAGUCUGAAAUUUGUGUGAAACAUAACUUCAGAUCAUAUGACUGAUAGGCAAGAAUCUAAAUAAAUGUAUUAGCGGUGAAAGCAAAAAUUUGUUUGAAAGAAAAAUGAGAUGGAGCAACAUAGUGUAUCUGACUCAUUUGUAGCAGUUUCCUAGAUUGUGUUGUCAUUAUAUUGGUUCUGAGUAAUUUGAUUCAUUUAAGCAUGCUUUAAAUUAUUGUAGCUGAAUGUAGUUAUUUUUCAAGUUAUAAGGAUAGUAAAGAAUUCUUCACUAACCACUAUCUCCCAGAGAGAAUAGUUUCUAAAAACUUUAAAAAACCCACUUUAGCAUAGGUAUAAAAAAAAGCAACUAAAGGUAUAAUAGGAACAUUUUCUACCAUAGUCAGAGAUACCAAAAUGAAUUGCAAGUCUGACAUGAGGCAUGAUGGGAGGCUCUGGGGAGAACGGGCGUAUGUGAUCAUGCCUUAUGAUCAUCUUUUAUGUCUCUGGAAUUCGUACUUUGCUUGGUUGUUUAAUAUGACUGGCAAAUUUAAUAAAGAGACAAAACGUGUGUUAUUUUGAGGCUCCUGAAAGUUUGUUAGUUCCAAAUUCUGUACAGUAUUAUAUCCUUUCUUUUCAGUGGUAGAGGGGUCCCGGGAAUCAAACUCAGGACCUCAAGCUUGCCAGAUAGGCGCUGUGCCGCUGAGCUAUAUCCCAUUCCCAUAGCCUGUCUUUUUAAUUUGACUUUUCUUAUAUGUUAAAGAUCCUGUUUUUAAACUUGUCAGGCAUUUUCUUUUUAUUUAGUAUGUAAGAUGUAUAAAUCUGAGUGCUGGUUUUCUGCAUUGUUUACUGUUUUACUUUGUUAUUGUAAGAGCAUUUAAAGAAAAUCUUCACUUAUAUUUAUAAUGCUAACUAUAAUAAGAAAAAUAGUAGUUGAGAUAUUUAAGAAUAUAUUGGGAAGGAGGAGGAAAGUGGGUAAAAUUGGGAAUCAUAUAUCCAAGAUGUACUUGUUUAAAUGUAAAGUCUACACUGGUUCUUAAAAUGAAAAACUAUGUAUCUACCUUAUGAACAGUGAUACUGUUUUUAAUUUAUUUUAGUGAUUUGGUUUUAUUCAUGUAAUAUUCUAUUUUCUUUGCAGAUUGUUUUUAAUUUAAAUUGUGGCAUUUUUACUUCUCUUGAAAUGUAUUAUGUACUGUAUUUUUAGAAAUCUUAUUUUUAAAUAAAUAUUUUUUAAAAACA